AUGUCUUUCUCAUCCAACAAUCAGCUCCAUGCAUGGGCCUCCCUACCAGAUGCACUCGGCGCAUCUUUCACCACUCUGAACAACACUUUAAAUCAUGACAAACAAUGGCAAGCUUUUAUCGAUACUGAGGCAAUCCACGAUCCGGUGACUAUGGGCAUCCAAUCCACUGGCUCGGACCAGGCCAUCCUCGUCGUUGUUGAGCCGGGCCUCCGAACCAUUGUCUCUCGUGGCUCCUCAGCCUCUGCCGACUUUGUAUUACUGGCGCAGCCGAGUCACUGGGAGAAGUACUUUUCUGCAAGCCCACAAGCGCCAUAUACUAGUUUUGGAAUGAACAUCGUGCAGGACGGUGCCGGCAUCCAUGGGGACCGCCUCAAAUACAGCCAGUUCGCCCACCUAACGACACGUUUACUGGAAUUGAUACGUAAGGGCUUACAUGGCCCAAUUGCCGCUGACCAGCAACACGAAGUUUAUGAAGACCACAUUAUUGGCAAAUAUGUUUUCAUUGAACCCCCGGUUUGGGGUAAGACUAAGGUCUUUUAUGAAAGCAGUGGUACCGGUCCUCAGGAGAUCGUGUUUCUCCAUACUGCAGGAAGCGAUAGCCGACAAUAUCACGACGUUAUGAAUGAUCCGUCCAUGAGAGCAAAAUGCAAGAUGAUCGCCUUUGACCUACCUGCCCAUGGUCGCAGCUUCCCAGGUAAGAAUCACAUACCUGGGAAUCAUACCAAUACUGAAGAAGCAUAUGUCGGUUGUAUUCGUGAAAUGAUCAAGGUUCUUAAGCUCAACAAGCCCAUCGUCUGCGGUGCCUCAAUGGCCGGGCAGGUAUGUAUUGCGGUAGCAAUUAGAGCAGAGGAAGUAGGUGCAGGUGGCACUAUUCCCUUGCAAGGAUGUGACUUUUUGACCAUGAAGCGACAAUUCGAUGAUAAGUCCCCGCUAGUCAAUCAGUCCCUCUUCAACCCUGAUUGGAUUUACGGCAUGAUGGCUCCAAAUGCGCCCCUGGUAAACAAGCAGCUCAUCUGGCACCUCUAUAGUGCUCAGGCAUAUGGGAUUUUCCAUGGUGAUCUUGACUUCUAUUUUGGUGGCUUUGAUGCUCGAGACCGGGUUGCGAGCAUUAAUGUCAAGAAAUGCCCUAUCUAUUUUCUGACUGGUGAAUUCGACUGGAGCACUACUCCUGAAAUGAGCCAGGCGACGGCCAAGAAGAUCAACGGCGCAAAUUUCAAAGCCAUGGAAGGCCUGGGCCAUUUCCCAGCGACUGAAAGCCCCUCUAGGUUUGUGAGUUUACCCUGA